GCUGUUGCGAUAGUUGGAAAUAAUAAUCCAACAAUAAAAUUACCACCCCAAUUACAAAUACUGCCGACAGCCAUUGCAGUUGGACGAGGUGAUACGUCGAAUAAUUCCGAGCCAAUAAAUGUCAUAUACUCUCCGUUAAUACUUACAAUAAUAGCUAAUCCAAUAAACAAAACAAUAAGGCAUACUGCGCUAGCAUAAGAACUUAUUAAAAAUAAUGUUCUUCUGCCAAAAGAAGACAUGAGACGAACAGAUAUCACAGCCAUAAAAAUAUUAAUAAUCCCUGUCCCAAGGACUGCUAACUGGCUGGCAGUAUCACUCACUUUAGCAGCCUUGAAUAUGUCUUGCGAGUAAUAAAAAAUAGCAUUGAUACCGCUCAAUUGUUGUCCAAGUUGUACUGAUGCUACUAAAAGUAAUGGCAGUCUAACAGACGGAUCUCUGAUAAUACG